AUGUCUGUCUAUCUAUCUCAUUUCAUUUUCCUAUCUAUCUAUCUAUCUAUCUAUCUAUCUAUCUAUCUAUCUAUCGUUCAUUUCACUAUCUAUCUAUCUAUCUAUCUAUCUAUCUACAUUUAUCAUCCGAAGAUUCUAAAUAUAUCUUUUUUAUACUAUCUAUCUAUCUAUCUAUCUAUCUAUCUAUCUAUCUAUCACUGUCUGACUAUGUGUUUUUCCUACUCUCCACUGACAAACAGCCUAGUACACCCCAGUACACACCGACUGGCAUAUCUACGGAUUUUGAAGCCGAUAUACAUUAGUCGAUACGAUGGGCAAAAGAAAACUUUAUUACCAGAGAGAACGAACGUGACAGUUACUGUUGAAACUUUUUCACGUUUUUUUGUUUGUUUUUACAGAUAUGUUUUCUUCUCUUUCUUUAUUAUUCUUGUUGAGAUUAGAACUUUUCUCUGUUUCUUUGUUCUCCCGUCAUUUCUCUUUGCUUCUUUUUCCCGCCGUUUUUUCACUUGCUUUUUUCCAUCGUUAAUUCAAUCUUCCUUCUUUUUAUUAUUUUCUUUUCAUUUUUCCUCUCUUUUCAUUCUUUCUUACUGUUUUCUUCUUUCAUUUAUUUUUCUAUUUGUCCUUCAUUUUUCAUUUCUCCUUUUUUCACCUUUUUUCUAUGUUCUUUCCAUUUUAAAAGUCUUUCUUUUACUUUUACAUACGAUUCGCUGUUAUUUUUUAUAUUCUCUUUUACUUUUCUCUUGUCCUUUCUAUAAAUCUUUUUCUGUUUCUUUAGUCAUUCAUUUUUGUAUUUUUCUUUUUUUCAUUCUUUACUCUUCCUUCCUUCCUUUUUUUCUUUUAGACUUCGUUUCUUUUUCAGCUUUUUUAUUUUAUUCUUUCUUUGUUUCUUUUUCUUCUCUUCUUAACUUAACCUCAUUUUUCAUUUUCUUUCUCUGCUUAUUUAAUAUUUACGUUAUAUUUUCUUUCAUUUUCUUCUUCUUCCCUCCCUUAUUUUUCCUUCUUUUCUUCAUGUCUUUCUUUUUUAUUCUUUCUUAUUUAUCUUCAUUUACUUUUCUUUUUUCAUAUUUUUCUUUUUUUCACUCUUGCUUCUUUCUUUUUCUCUUUCCUUCUUUUUAUCUUGUCUUUUUUGUUUGCUUCUUUUUCUUUCUUUCUUUCUUUCUUUCUUUCUUUCUUUCUUUCUUCCUUUCUUUUUUUCUUUUUUUCUUUUCUUUCUUUCUUUCUUUCUUUCUUUCUUUCUUUCUUUCUUUCUUUCUUUUGGUUUUUUUCGUAUGUUUUAUUUCCUUAAUUCAUGUUUUUUCUUUCAUUUAUGCUUUUUUUCUUUAUUUCUCUUUCCUAAUUUUCUUUCUUUCUCUGGAUUCCUAUUUUUCCGUUUUUCUUUGUCAUUUUCUUUUUCCCCCCUCCCCCCAUCAUGUUUUAUGCAUUUCUUUCUUUCUUUCUUUCUUUCUUUCUUUCUUUUUUUUCUUUCUUUCUUUCUUUCUUUUUUUCUUAAAUAAGAAUUCGUUUCCUUUCUUUCUUUCCUUUUUUCUUUCUUUCUUUCUUUCUUUCUUUCUUUCUUUCUUUCUUAAAUGUUUUAUUCCCUUUCUUUUAGUUUUCAUUAAUCAGACAAUUUUUUCAUUCAGAAAUCGCUGCUUUCUUCCUUUCUUUCUUUCUUUCUUUCUUUCUUUCUUUCUUUCUUUCUUUCUUUCUUUCUUUCUUAGAUUCACUGAAUCAAAGACGAAACAAAUUCCGCUUGUAAAUUGCAAUACUCCAGCGCUUUAUCUGCGAAGUUUUUUCUCUCCUACCUGA